AUGGAGAAAUCCUUCAGUUUUUCAUCAUAUCAUUUUAGCGCUGCUUCUCAGAAACAGAGAGACAAGGAUUUGGAAUCAUCAUCAUCCAUUCGCGGCGGCCCUCAAUGGAAAUCAGCCGGAGGAGAGGAGGAACUGGCGGCAUUCUUCCACGACCACGACACCAUCCUACAAGUUUCCGAGGAAGUGGAUGGUUUCCUUGAAACCAGUGCUACCACUCCUCCUCUUCUACAUGUCCCUGAUUGCGUUCACCGUCUAACCAAGAUAUUGGAUUCCAUGGUGUAUAGAUACAACACCGGUAAAAGCAAGUUGGGAAAAGAUGCAGAAGAUGAUGACUUGUUUCUCGCCGUUGUGGAUCGCAUCUCAAAGAUCUCUGCUAUUCUCUCUACCUUCCCCUGUGAUCCCUCUGUCUUGGACAAAACUACCUUCUCCUUGGAAAAAGCUAUGUCGUUCUUGGAGAAACAUCUCUGCACCAUUUUACAGGAUCCAAAAUCAUCCACCACCACCACCACCCCUACCUCCAGCAACCACGGCAGCUUUCGAUCCGGAUCCGGAUCCGAAUCCAAACCUAAACCUCCUAAAAAAUCAUCUUCCUUCGGUUCUCUUACUCAAGUUCAUGAUGCCGCGCUUUGUUCUCCCUUUGACCUUGUAAAUCUCAGUGAUCCUCCUAUCAUACCUACUCUAUCGUCUCAUCAGGAUCAAGAUCAAGAUACAUCGUUCCCUGCAUUCUCUCCGGAGAAAGUUUCACUCAUGAACAAGAUCGCCACCUCCAUGAUCGCCGCGGGAUAUCAAACGGAGUGUUGCGUGGCUUUCGCCAGCUUCAGGAGGAUCGCCUUCAAAACCGCGCUGCAAGAGUUCGGGUACGUGAGCGUAGGCAUGGAAGAGAUCCAUAAAAUGCAAUGGGAAAUGCUGGAAGGAGAGAUUGCCACGUGGAACAACGCGGUUCGACAUUGCAUAACCGUUUUGUUCAACGGCGAAAAAAAGCUCUACGCCUCAGUUUUCCCCAAUCAACAAUCCAUAUCUCAAAACCUCUUGAGCGAUCUUGCACGCGCCGUAAUCAUUCAUUUCCUGAACUUCGCACAAGGUGUCGUGUUAACAUUGCUCACCGUAGAGAAGCUGUUCAAGUUUCUAGACAUGUAUGAGACGCUGAGGGACGUGGUGGAGAUCGCCAUCGCCGACGGUUCUUACUUAGAGAGGUGCAGGAAGGAGCUGGCGCACGAGAUAGCCACCACGAAGCUUCGAAUAGCAGAGGCCACCAUGGCCAUGUUUCGCGACCUGGAAAAUUCCGUUAAGGGUGACAACGACAGGGUUCCGGUUCCUAACGGCGCAAUUCACCCGUUGACGCGCUAUGUGAUGAAUUAUCUGGAGUAUGCUUGCGAGUACAAGGACACAUUGGAACAAGUUCUGCGACAAUGCCUUCAUGAUGAUUAUCAUAGUUGCCGUUAUUACAGUCCUAUCCGCAAAAUCGAGUUAGAGGAGGACGAUGGAACGCCUAAGAAUUCAGCCUUGGCGAUUCAGUUAAUGACAAUCAUGGACCUGUUGAGCUUGAAUCUUGAGUACAAGGCCAUGUUGUAUAAGGAUUUUGCAUUGAGAAGUGUUUUCUUGAUGAAUAAUGGGAGGUACAUAGUGCAGAAGGUGAAAGGGUGCAAAGAUCUUCACCAAUGCAUGGGUGAUAAUUGGUGUAGAAAGAGGCAAUCCGGGUUAAAACUGCACCAUAAAGAUUACAGGACAGAAACAUGGUCUAAGGUUUUGAACUGCCUUAGUACAGAUGGACUUCAAGGAAACACGAGUAGCGUGUUAAGCCCGAGAGCCAAUAAAGAUAAAAAGCCAAAACAAGAGGUAAAAGAUAAGUUUAAACGUUUCAAUAGCACGUUUGAAGAUAUAUAUAAAACGCAGAGUUCUUGGGUGGUUAGUGAUGAACAGCUUAAGUCUGAGCUCAGAGCUUCAAUAGCUGCUUUGGUGAUCCCAGCUUACCGCUCCUUUUAUGGCAGAUUCAAGCACCAUUUAAAUUCUAGUAGACAUGUUGACAAGUAUAUUAAGUAUCAUCCUGAAGAUAUUGAGGCUUUAAUUGAAGAACUAUUUGAUGGGGGUACUACUAAAAGGAAAUCGUGA